CUUCGAUGCUAUCGUAUAUUCGAGCUCUAACCACACAACCAUGAUCAACAAAUAAGAUCAAUCUCGCAAUUGGCUUCGAUCAAGCCAAAGUUAGCUAAUGUCUUCAAAUGUCGACGCUUCUUCCACUGACCCCGCGACGCGGUAUCCAACGAGUCUCUCACCUCCGCCAGGUGAGCAAUGGUAGCUCUGAUAAUGGGACCGCGUCCGCAAGCAGACCAGUCACUUCGUGCUCAAGCACAGGAACUGUUCAGCACGAUCCGAUACCUCUAAAGCUUCCCGUUGAGAGGCGAUGCAACCUAUGGACGCACGAUGAAACGUUCUCGAAAGAUGAAGUUGUUUUAAAUCUAGACUUAUUUCCAGAUGUCAAGGCCGGGGAGCUUAUGGCUAUCGUAGCCCUCAAAACAGACUCAGGGUUUCGCGAUUUUCAGGACAAGUCGGCUUUGAAUAGAACAGAAAUUGAUAGUGGAACAGCUUCUGGGCAGUUUGGAAGCUACAUUUGGUCUCAAUCUGGCCAUGACCAUCGUGGGAAAGGCUCUAAGCAUGAUAUGGGCUUUGGUAAACGCUAUCUGUUUCUCGCAAAAGACAUGCCAAAUGAUUUGAAGCUGAAGCAACCCGCAUUGGAGGUCUCUCUUGCUAAGCCCAUUGCCGAUGUAUUUAAUUUGAAGCAUCGGUCCAAUGUAAUUCUUUGCACAACUGAUACAGCCAUCAGCUCUGCAUCUCAUGUUGAGAUGUCGUUCAAAGAUGAAUACCUUGCUCGAUCGGACAUGUGGAGAUUAACUGUGGGCGAAAUGGUAAACAAGGCUGUCUAUAAAGGGCAAAAGAUUUUGUUUAUGGGCACGAUCAAGGCACAAGUUACUGCUGUUUACAUUGGUGGUCGGAAGGUGCAGUCCGCAUUCUUUUCGACGACUACCAAACCAGUCUUUCGGAGCGAAUCAGCGCGCUACGUGCUUUUUAUUCAGAUGUCGAGGGAGAUGUGGGAUUUUGACUCGGAAGGUUCAGGAGAAAUAAUGUUCAACAAAGUGGUAAAUGGCUUUCUGCCAGCAUUGUUCAAGAAGUGGGUGCAGCUUAAAGUGAAGCAUUUAGUCAGCAUAGUGUUAUUUACAAGAGUCGAAUACGAUACUGGGUUGGCUUCAGAAUUAGCAAGAUCUUCACACGAUACCGCCUACCACACAGGUGUACAAACUGAUGGUAAUAAAAAGCCAUACAAAGAUUUUUAUCGAGUUGUUGUUAGUGAGAUGGCCAGUGGAGAGUGGACAACGAUUCUAUAUCAGUUGAAGCGCGAGUUUAAAUUUUUUCGCAAAGAUAUCUCCAUGCAUCGAAUCGAGUUAGUCACAGCUUUGGGGGCGCCGUCCUCAGCAACAAGUAAAGGCACUCUUGGGACUCGCAUCGAGGCGGAGCCCUCGCUUGCUAUGCAUGGGAACGUUCUCGAAGCAAUCGAUCUUGCUUCGACCCAAUUUGCGCAUGAUUAUAUCGAUCGGGACCUUGUUAGGACUGGAAUAUCUAUUGUUGUCGUAACUCCAUGUGCCGGACUUUUUGAAGUAGACUAUGAGACUCUUCGUAAAACCGCAGAGAGUCUCAUCGGUAACGGCAUUGGAAUCGACCUUGUUUGUCUCCCAAAAAUGCCACUGCACUCUGUACCACUGUUCCGAUACCGAAACCCACGAUAUGCUUCAUUUCAAGAAGCAUUGCACUUUAAAGCUCUUCGUAGCGAAGAUAGCACUCCACGUCAAACAGCUCCCAUAUUUGGAAGCUAUUCAUCCUUGAACGGCUCGCUUUCCCCACCCAAAAUUCGUGAUAGAAGUUUCCAAAAUUCCUCUUCAAAUAGUGGGCAGGACCCUAGUGAGUGGAACUAUGCAAUACCGCACUGGAUCGAUGUAUCAUUUUGGACUGGGGCUUCCCAAGAUCUGCUGUCUACAUAUCCUCUGGCUGAUUCGAAGCUCUUCAAGAAACGAGUAGCCGAGUCCUCUAGCGAUUUCGCGAUACGAUGUAAAAUGUAUGAAAUGGAAAUGGCUAGUGUCAUGGAGAAUUCAAUGACCGAGAUUGCCGUUCCGCCACUGCAACUAGACAUUGUCUUUCCCCAAAUGUUAAUCCAGGAAUCUCGCGAAACUCGGGGUGCGAAAAAGCAUUCUUAUACCUGGGAACGCGCGAAGUUGCAGUCGAGCCUUUCAGAGUUUAUUAAUGGGCCAUCAAAACCUUUACUUGAUCGACAUGCCACACAAUUUGAAAAGCAAUUCGUCAAGGCACUUGAUCUAUACGAUGUCAACCACUCUGAAACCGUGGAGCAUUUUAUCGGCUCACGACAAAAAAGCCUAAAGUCGCCCUUUAAAGCAGGAAGUGAGGAAACAGCGAGGAAAGUUCUUGCAAAUGAUUCUAAAGUUUUUGGCACCUCUUUCACUGAUGAUAGUCCAACCUCAAGAAGCAUGAAUUUGCUCAAUGGGUUGAAGCUCGACAGAGACAAGCAAAGCUUACAUAGUAAUGAUCCGAUAUUGCCACGUAAAGGCAGUGUAAGUAGCACUAUGACUGCAGCCAAAGCUCCUGCUCCACGACCUACCAAAUUGAACCGCCAAAUAAGUCUAGGCAAGUACGGUUUUGGCAUCGCCGCGCCUAAGGGUGUCGCAGCUGAACUACACACUGAAAAUGCUAGUGCAGCGAAACCAGUUUCUGCUUCGUCGAAAGACUUUGAUCCAAAGAAGAAGAAUACUUUCACCAUAGCGAAUCAUUUACUUAGCGCUCCAGUGAGCCAAGAUCGACCACCGUCAUCAAAUAGCGACAAGUCAAGGAUGAAGUCCGAUAGCAGUUCCAUCGAAAGCAAACGGAAAAGCGAGCCGGACGUUGAGAGGAGUCCUUCGAUACGCCCCAUGACUAUCAAGAGCGCACUUCAGUCUUUAGAUUCGACGAAUCAGUUCAAAUCUAAAUCUGUCUUAAGCUCCUUUUACGACGGGAUCAAGGGCACCGAAGAUGAGCACAUGAAUGUGCAGCUGCUCAGAACCAAUGAUAACCAAAAGGUGUAUAACUCAAAACUUCUCGCAGAAGCGGUUCCAGAACUACCAGCGACCCUAUCUCCUACUACUGCUUUGUCGCCAUGGCUAAGUGUGCUGAAUCCAUCCAACCCAACAGAGAAUGACGCAAUGGGAAAAACAGUGUACAGAAGAUGGCAACAUGUCUUCCCUAAGCCAGUGCUCACUAGAACGAUGAAAUGGAAAUCUCUCUGUUCUCCCGCAUCCGUGCCCUUGACCACCGAGUCGUUUCCUACAAAGUUUCAACUUGAAACCGAAUAUCAGCAGAAGCCAUACAAUAUCUCACAAAAUUCCGAGGAUGAAAUUAGCGAAGAUUCAAGUAAUCGGGAAGACUUUUUAAGGGAGUUGAUUAGCUUACGACUUUCCCAAGGGUUUCAGAUUGUUAUCGGUCCUGGGGUAGCCGAGGCAUUUGGACAAAAGUCUCUGAAGAUCGCGGAUGUUUUUGACCGUGAUCGUAUUGCUGAGGAUGGAGCCAGUGUAUUCAUGUCCAUGGGAAAUAUAAUUCAUCAGUUAUCUUGCGUGAAUGGUACAGAAAUCGAAGUCAAUAUGUUUGUCCGAAAACCUACAGCUCUGACUACACCUAGCCAAGGGACAUUGAGCCCCUCUGGAUACUAUCCGGCCAUUCGAACUACUUUGAGCGAAACCUAUAAAUCGCGCAAAAUGACGUUGGGUCGACCAAAGGAUGAAUAUAACUGGAAUUACGUAGACUCCUUCAUUGCGGGCUUCGAAGACGACAUGAACGAGCACCUCCGGUUCUGGCGUGCAAGGUUUGUGCUGAUUCCUGUGGUACGCCCAACUCAGUCUCGACGAGACCGCAUGAGAGGUGAGGAUAACGAAGAAGAAGUCCGACUAGAAGGCAUCAGGAAGCUCACUCAAAUGUGGCAAAGCCACAGAUACGUUCCACCAUCAGAGCGGCGUUUCCAUAGUCUUGCCUCCAGGAAAAUAAAAGAUUCAAAUCCACUUGACAUUGUGUAUAAGACGGAGGAUCCAUCCGUUGUUGUUAGCGCAGAACUCGAGACUUUACCCCUUGUGGAGACAAGUGAAAGUGCAACUAGACGUGGGCACUUAAUUGACACUGAUCGUUUUCGAAAAUCCAAACUUGAUAUUGCCGCCUUGGCGGAAGCUAUCCAAGCACCAGUGGAGAAGGGCGGUGUCCGUAUGCAGAAUCGAAGAUGGCAUUUUCGAUUGCAUUAUAAUUGUUUCAUCGGCUCUGAUAUGACGACAUGGUUACUUGAAAAUUUUGAGGACAUUGAAGAUCGUGAUCAGGCAGUGGAAUUGGGCAACUUUCUUAUGGUUGACGAGACACAGAGGUUGAGAGAGAAGGAAGUUGGUAAAGAUGCAGGCAUAUUUGUCCAUGUCGAAAAACGUCAUCCUUUCCGAGAUGGGCAGUAUUUCUACCAAGUUACUGGAGAAUUUGCCAAACAGAGACCGGAUAGUCGCAGUGGUUGGUUCGGCUCUCGACGCCGUGAAAAUUCUGUACCUUCGACUCCAAUGUCAGAUGUUAUGCCCAAAGACUCUCCUCAACCAGAUAGAGCAAGGUCCAGCUCUACGCAAGAUGAUAGUUCACACGAGUCGGGUGUGCCAACUCCAACUACAUGUGGGGGCAAAAGGCCCAAAGUUUCUUUAAGUAAAGUUAUGAAGUAUGAUGUUGACCAUCGAAAACGCUCUUAUCGACCCGAACUCAUCAAUCUUCACUAUGAUCGUCUUCAUAAUCCUGACAAUUGUUACCACAUUCGAAUUGAUUGGCUCAAUGUCACCGCUAAGCUGAUCGAGGAUGCCAUACAUACGUGGGCAACAACCGCUGAACAACAUGGCCUACGAUUAGUCGAAGCACCAAUUGGCGAAGCAUGUUCCAUCGCUUCGGUUCAUCCAUUCAGGAGCCCCUACUUGAUUGAAUUGUCUUUGCAGCCUCCUGAUCAACAGCCCCGAACAUACUUUGACGUCAAUUCUUUUACUCCGCAAGCACAAACUACUCAAUCUAAUCGACAUUACUACCAAAAAGCAAUUAUGAAGAAGUUCAAUUUUGUUCUUGAUAUUGAGGCUGCGAAGAAUUUUCCAAGCAAUAUUGAUGUGUCGUUCUCAUGGGGUCGACCAGAUUAUACCUAUACACAGUACAUUCAUAGAUCUGGAGUAUUACUUGCACAAAUUACAGAUGAAGGCAAUUUCCUCCUAUUAGCGAAUCGACUGUACAAUAAUAGGACUACAUCGGCCAGAGAUACAGAAAAAUACAUGAAAGUGGAUCAUGCGGGCGUUAAUCGCAUGGGACCCAGUCCAAUUGCAAACAAUCCAGGAAUCGCUGCAAAUACAUCCAGCCCCUUUCAAUCGCCAAUCCUGCGUGCGGCUCAUGCCCCUUCUCCUCUUCUUCGUGCGACCCACCCCCUUUCCCCUUCAUUACGAGCGACAGCUGAUGUACUAGGCGCUUCCCUUCCCAAUUCAAAACUAGCUAUCACCGGUGGAAUUAGUCCUGACACCAUCAAAGCCGAACUUGAAGAAUUUUGUCACAAUAGCUGGAAACUAGAACUCUUCUAUAAAGAAGUUUUUGAAAAAGUCACACCACCACAUGCGACCCCACCAACGCUCAGAAGUUCAUUCCCGGCUAUGCUUCUCGACUCGAAUAUUCCGACAUUGGGAUUGCCGCCGGGGAUCUUGACAAGAGAUGGAAGGGAUAGUAGUCCGACACCAAUGAGGUUGGAGCGGGUGCCGGGAGUUGGAAGUAGUAUACCCGUACUUGGGAGGAGACCGAGCGUACAGAUGAGUAUUGCGACCAGCGCAAGUGACUUGUCGAGGCAGGAAAGUCCAAGGGGGAGUAUAGCUGAAGGUUAACGUUCUCGAAAAUUAAUAGCUAAAAAUCCCAAAACUCGACUAGGCAUCAUGGGAGCUGGUCUCUUAAACAUGGCUCGACUGGGGCAUCUGAGUGCUUUCGAUUUUGUAGGAUACCGAAAACAGGCAGAUGGAGGUUGGAGUUCUACUUUAUUUGUUCGGGAAUCUCGAGAUGUGUAUGCAAAUAUUAUGGAUUGGAACACCAAGUUCGAAAGUAACGCCUGUGCAUUUGGCAACAUUGAACGAUCACGAUUCAAAACUUUUACCAAGUACCAUCGUUCCCUCACUGUCACACUACCUUGAAUCUGAUAAAGACUGUGAUGUCGAGUUAUUUAGGGUCAUCUAAUAACUAUAAUGCAAAGAUUACCCCUGAGUAUGGAUGUUCUUGAAGGUAUUGGUCUUUGGUUGCCUGUGGAUUUCGACCUGGUGAAUCUUUCGCGUAAACUCUGUAGAUUCAAAGCUCUCGAAAGCUCCCUUCCACAAGCUUUUUCUUGUAUAGCUCGGCAACUUGGGCAUAAUCAUUGCAGGCGUCAAGGAAACUUCAGUUUCUGCUAUCGUGCCUGGAAAACUUUCCUAGUUCGCUCCACAACUAGAGACAGUCGAGAUUAUUUUUGACCUCCCUUUAACUUUCUGCAAACUAAUCAAUCAUGCUUCUGUUGCUUUGUGUCUGAAGGGAUGCAUUCUAGACGUACAACGGUACGCACGAUGAAAUGGUGAACAUCAGAAUCGUGUCAAAACUGUUCAGACGUUAAGCCGACGUCUGUUAUCUUCAGAGAGAGAAAAAUAGGAGGAUGAAGUUCAACGGUUAUCAAGACUCGAAACCACUGCAGGUGGGCAUUGUUUGUUCAUACGCCACAUGUAUUUCUCUCAAGUCAUUCAUUGAGACAACCGAAACAUUCGCCUUUUCAAAAUGACUUUCUUCAUUCAUUCCAUGCCAUUCGUCGCUCAACAAUUCGUCGGUGGAUCAUGUAAGACUUGGGUAUCUACGAUGAGUUUCAUCGACCUUAUAUCGUUAUCUCAUCUUAUUCGGCCAAUCACUGUUGUUUGCAUAGUUCCAUCCCAAUUUUUUUCUCAUGGUUCACACAAAUUGGGCAUAAGCAAAGGUUGUCACGCCUAUUGCAUGUCUAAGAUCGCAUCAAUAUGUCACACCAUUCGAACAUUCAAGUCAACCACAAUCUUUCAAUUUAUAUCAAUAAAUCAGUCUACUUCAAUAACUGAAAAUAUCGCAAGAUACCAAAGCGUGUAUUCGUCUGUCUUUAUCAUAAGUGUAGUAUACUUAGGCAUCAUUUUGAGAUUCAUACACGUUUAAAUGUCUACAAUCCAUUCAGAUCAACCUCACCUCAACCUUCGUUCAUAUCUCUCAACUCUACAAUGCAGACAAUAUUUCACAUGAUUCUGGAUACUAAACACGCAAUGUAUAUCACAUUCACCAGGAAUUGCACAACCCCCUCAUUUGGAUUUCGUUUUGAUUCAGUCAAAUAUCUGCAUUUAUCAUUAAGCUAUGGCUACUA